CGAGUGCAACCGAUCGGCACCAAGAUUUUCUAAUCCCGGGCCCAAGUCAAUAUUGGCAACUCUGGGAAAAGGAGUUCGAAAACGUCGUUGUAUCUCUGAUUUUAUUAAAGUGUUUUGUAAACGAAAAUAGUGUUUGCUACAUAUUUCGAUUGUGGUAACUGCGAAGUAUUAAUUCAACAGUAUUUAAAGGUCAGCAGCCUUGCUUAAUAUGCAACAGCCACAGGGAAGCCUACCAAACAACCUGAGAUCUUUGUUGGAGUCAGGACUGGGUGCUGACGUCUUGGUGGUGGCUGCGGAUGGCCACCUGGCUGCCCACAGCUCGAUACUGGUGGCUCGUAGCCCAGUGUUCGGUGCGUUACUCCGGCGGAUGAAGCGGAUGGUCUCGAUCCGCGACAUGCCCGUGGAUGUGGUACGGCAACUACUGACCUUCAUGUACACGGAUGAGGUGCCACAGCUGCAGAGUGUGGCACCCCAGCUGCUGGCACUUGCUGACAGAUUCGAGCUGCCAGUGCUGAAGGAGAAGUGCGAGCAACAUCUGAUUGAGAACUUACGUGUGGAGAACACGCCACUGUACUGCGUGCUCGCCCGGCGGCACUCAUGUCCGCUGCUCCAUAGUGCAGCCAUCGAUUACUUUGCGAGGCACGCUCAUCAAGUGGUGUGCUCACAGGGAUGGAUCGAGGAGCUGAGGAAGGACCCUAAGCUGCUGGCAGAGAUACCCCACCUAGUGGCCAACCACGCUGUUUCGAUAGCCAGUUCUAUGGAGGAAAUGAGGACGUGGAUGGGCUAUGGGAUUCAAGUGGACAAGGAGAAGAUUUCUGCUUGAGAGGAGGAAAUGUGACUUUGUAAAUAUGUCAACAGAAGCACAUGUGUUUUGUCAUGGUUUAUGUGAGUGUAGCCUAAACAAUUGUUGGCCCCACUAUUGAACAAACAAGGAUCUUGAUGGUAUAUAGAAGUAUCAUAAUAAUCUCUUUUCCACUAACAUUGCAUGUUCUUAAACACUUACGGUGUAAUGUAAAGAUUUCAUGUUUUACUAGAACACAGAGACAAAAAAUUAAUUGCAAUUCAAGAGGCAUAAAAAUUAAGUUCAACUAGUUGCUGUUCAGCUUUAUUAAAAGUUAAAUUACUGAGACAAAUAUAGGAUUACAUGGAGCUGAAAAAUUUUCUUUUCACUUAAGUUGUGCCAAAAUUAUUAC